AUGUAUUUUAAUUUAACAAAAAUACGCGAUAAUAGAACAUUACAAUUCGCCGAUUUAAGACUUUUUAAAAACUCAUAUAAGACCCAAAAUUAUGAAAAUAGUAAAAAUGAUAACGAUUUUUUUGAGGACAAUUGUGACUUUUAUUUUAUUGAAGUGCAUGAACUAAGAAAAUCUCAAAAUUUGAACCACCAUCUUGUGACCAAAUUAGCUGUCAAUAAGAACUAUGAGGGGUGGGUUACUCUAAAUAUCAGUUCGUUGUUCGAUAAGUGGUUACGUCAUCCGGAAAAAAAUAAUGGAAUUUAUGUUAAUGUUUCGCCAAUGAAUGAUUUUUGCGUAAAUAAAAAUUUGACUUUACGUGACAUUGGAAUCAUUAAUGUUGAGUCGGAACAUAAACGAGACAAGGAUCCAUUUAUUGUAGGAUAUUUGAAAAUGAGCUACGAAAUUGAUGAUAACGAUUCUGGUCUUCAAGAUGAUUCGGACAAUGAAUUCCGGCUGAAACGAGAUUUAAGACGGCUCAUAAUUGACAAAAGUUUUCAUGCUCCAAAAGUACGUAAGCAUGUUGGCCACUACGGUUCGUGUCAAGUGAGACCAUUUAUGAUAUCAUUUUCUGACUUUGGAUGGGCUGAUUUUAUAAUAGCACCUUUGGAGUAUAAGUUAUCAUUUUGUGCGGGUGACUGUUCAUUGUCUAGUUUUAUAACGGAGAGAGAUACUAUGCACAGCUACUUACAAUUAUUAGCUCACAAAGCAUAUCCUGACCGAGUACCAAUUCCGUGUUGUGCUGCUAAAAAAUUCACAGCAAUGAACAUCCUUUACUAUGGUGAUAAUCAGAACAUUGUUCUAGAAAAGAUGAAACGAAUAGCUGUUUCCAGUUGUCAGUGUCUUUGA